GUUAUUGUCGUUUACAAACUUUUUGUGUCGUUUUGUACUCUAUUUUACUAUUUUUGGUAAUGUGUCGUUUAUGUAAAAAUAUUGUCGUUUUAUAAACACAGUAUGUGUCGUUUUUAGUUUUAUGCAAUCUUACUGUCGUUUUCACACCUUUCUUAUUUUUUCAAGACUAUUGUGUCGUUUUGUGCUUUUCUUUUUCUGUUAUUGGUAAUGUGUCGUUUAUGAAAUAUUAAUGUCGUUUGCACCUAAUCUUUAAUCACAAAUCAAUUUCUUUAUUUUUCUUCACUGUACUUUCUUCUAUUUUUGGUAUUCUGUCGUUUCCGUUUAUGCUAACUUUAUUGUCGUUUAUAAAGUUUUUGUGUCGUUUCCUCUAUUUCUGGUAUUCUGUCGUUUAUGCUAAAAUUUUUGUCGUUUACAAACUUUUUUGUCGUUUUGUAAUCAAUUUUACUAUUUUUUAUUAAUUUGUCGUUUAAAGAUGUCAUUGUCGUUUUUUUGUUUUCCUUUUUCUAUGUGUCAUUUAUCAAAUCUUAUUUUUGUUUUCAUUCCUUUUUUAAUUAUUGUCGUUUUUUAAAACCAAUUUAUGUCGUUUUAUGCUUAUUUUGUCGUUUAAAUAUGUUAUUGUUGUCUUUAUGUUUUCUUUUUUCUAUGUGUCGUUUAUCAAAUAUUAUUGUCGUUUCAUUCCUUUUUUAUUUAAUUGUUGUCGUUUUUUAAAACCAAUUUAUGUCGUUUUAUGCUUCUAUGUGUCGUUUAUCAAAUCUUAUUGUCGUUUUGUUCUUUUUGUUUAGAAAGUUAUAUAUUAUUGACCAUCGUUGAUUUGCCACAAAUUCCAAGUGAAAAACCGCCGGAGAAAGACUGAGAGUGACGGUGGCAGUGGUGGCUCAGGCGUCGAUUGGCUGUCGAGAUUAAUCUGGUUUCACUUCUAAUUUUCCAAGAGGAUGAUUCUUCAUUGUUGAAUUGUGCUUAAUUUUUUGGACAUUUUGUUGUCAUAUGAGAUGAUGAUACUUAGGAGAAAAAUGGGUCAUCAUAUCACUGCACUCUUCCCUUCAUAUGUGUACAAGUUGAAAGCUUUUUCGAGUUCAAUUUCUGUUCGUGGGUUAUCUCACAUUUGUUUAGCCAAUCGAAAUGAGGUGGCUGCAUUUUUAGGAAGGAAUGAUGAAUUCCCUCUUGAGAUGAAGUCUUUAUCAACUAUGACAGGAACAAUCUUGGUGCAGGCUGGAGACCCAGCUAAGAUAAGUUUGGAAAUAGAGAAUGCAAUUGAUGAGCAUAGACUUGACGAUACUUGGAAAUUUUAUGAACAACAUAUGCAGAUAGAUGGGUUCCCUAGAAAGUCGGUUGUGAACAAAAUUCUUGCGGCAUUGUCUGAAAGCCUUGAUGUUCUGUGGUUAGAGAAGGCGUUUGGGAUAGUAGAACGAAUUUUCGAGAAAGGAAAACAGAAUCUGUUACAGAAAGAGACACUAAUUUAUCUCUCUUUUUCUCUUGCGAAAGUUCAAUUAUCGGUUCCUGCAUCAACUGUUUUGAGAAAGUUAGUGGAAAUGGAGCAAUUUCCUCAUGUUUCUGCUUGGUCUACAACCUUGGCAUAUAUGUGUCAAACUGGUUCUGGGGCUUAUCUUGCAGCUGAGUUGAUUCUUGAGAUUGGUUAUCUAUUUCAAGAUAGUAGGAUUGAUCCAAGGAAAAAGAGUAAUGCACCUUUGCUUGCUAUGAAGCCUAAUACUACCGCUUUCAACAUUGCUCUAGCAGGGUGUCUCUUGUUUGGAACGCAUAGGAAAGCCGAGCAACUCCUUGACAUGAUGCCUCGAGUUGGUGUGAGACUUGACACUGACUUAUUAAUAGUCAUGGCACACAUAUAUGAGAGAAAUGGAAGAAGAGAAGAGCUUAGGAAACUCCAACGAUACAUAAAUGAUGCACACAACCUAAGUGAUGUUCAAUUACGACAGUUCUAUAAUUGUUUGCUUCAAUGCCAUUUGAAACUGGGCGAUCUUGGUUCUGCAUCGAACAUGGUUUUAGAAAUGCUUCGGAAAGCAAAAGCAGCUAGGUCCUCUUACGCUGCUGCAUCGAUGGUAGUUGAUGCUGUUGAAAAUGAUGGUAAAUCCACUUGUGUUCUUGGUUCCAGGCCAACUUCGAGCCAUGAAGAAUCUAGCAAAGGAGGUUCGGAAUAUGAUAGACCUUUUAAAAUCUCUUUAGUGUCUUAUGAGGAGUAUUUAAGAGAUCGGAAUUUUGUAAAACUCGAUACUGAAGCAAAGGAAGUGCUAAAUACCAUGUUAGCUAAGCUGCAGACUCAAGUUGAAUUGUUAACAUCUGAACGAGGUAUUAUCCAACCAACUGAGGAAAUUUUGGUGAAAUUAGUCAAGGCAUUUCUAGAAGCAGGAAAGAUUAAAGAUUUAGCCGAGUUUCUCAUCAAGGUGGAGAGAGAAGAUUCUCCUGUUUCCAAUGAUGAUUCAUUGAUAGUUCAUGUCAUCAAUUCAUGCAUAUUGCUUGGUUGGUUAGACCAAGCACAUGACCUUUUAGAUGAGAUGGUAUUGGCUGGUGUCAACAUUGCUUCUUCAGUAUAUUCUUCUCUCUUAAAAGCAUAUUGUCAAGCAAACCGAGCAGGAGAUGUUGCAGCACUUCUUCGCGAUGCUCGUAGAGCAGGAAUACAGCUAGAUUCCAGCUCUUAUCAGGCAUUGAUUCAGUCAAAGUUGGUGGAAGAAGAUACACAAGGAGCUCUCCAUCUAUUCAAAGAGAUGAAAGUUGCAAAGAUACCGAAAACCGGUCAUCAAGAAUUUGAGAAGUUGGUUAAGGGAUGUGAAGAGGGAAGUGAAGCUAAGUUAAUGGGAAAGCUUUUACACGAAAUCAAAGAAGGGCAAAGAGUAGAUUCCGGGGUUCAUGAUUGGAACAAUGUAAUCCACUUUUUCUCUAAGAAGAGAUUGAUGCAGGAUGCCGAGAAGGCUCUAAAGAAAAUGAGGAGUCUUGGGCAUACGCCAAAUGCUCAAACAUUCCAUUCCAUGGUGACGGCAUAUGCAGCUAUUGGCGGAAACUAUAUAGAAGUGACAGAACUGUGGGGGGAGAUGAAAUCUCUUGCUUCUGCAACCCCAAUGAAGUUUGAUCAGGAACUCUUGGAUUCUGUUCUUUACACAUUUGUGAGAGGCGGGUUUUUCAGCCGAGCAAAUGAAGUAGUUGAGAUGAUGGAGAGAGGUAAUAUGUUUGUGGACAAGUACAAAUACAGGACUCUCUUCUUGAAGUACCACAAAACUCUUUACAGAGGCAAAACUCCCAAAUUCCAAACUGAAGGCCAACACAGAAAGAGGGAGGAAGGAUUGAUUUUUAAGAAGUGGGUAGGAUUGAAUUGAUAAUAUAUUGGUGUACACAUAUCCAUAUAUACUCUUAUUAGUUUUUUAUUUGUCAAUUGGAGAUUUCUUCCAACAUAAAAUGAAAUGACCAAACUGAAGUUUUGGACUGGUUGAGCAAUUGGAAAGGCUGCUUAGCAGAAGAAUGUUACAUCUCUUAAUCGAAAAUUUCAGAGCUUUCAGUGACCCCUAAGAAUCCUGAUCUUCCUGGGCAGGAAAUAUUAUUACUUGACUCAAGUUUGACCAAGAAGGGAGUGAUCUUCUGCCAUUAUUGGACAUUAUUAUAUUUCUGCAGUAGUUUGUAACUUUGUCAAAUACUUUUUGAGUUAUCAACUAUCAUCAUAGUAUCAUAUCAUAUCUGGGAAUGAGAUUACUACUACUACAAAGGCAUGAAGAUAAGAAUUACUUAGGCAUUGAAAUGGAAUUUUUGUAUAGAUUUGAUGUCAUGGGUGGAGGCACUUGUAAUAAUUGGUUUUUGAGCAGAGUUAGAGUAAUAAUUUUUGUAUAAAUUAUUUUGUAUUUCACAGUUUCAUUCUUCAAUGUCAUCAUCUACUAUGUGAUUCUG